ACCCUUUCGUCCUCCACCCCAAACCCACUCCACGCUUCGCAACGCAUCUCCUCGCUUCUUCUUCCGAAAUCGCAGCAGGCAGCAUCCAUCAGCGCGCGCACUCUCCCAGGGCGGAGCAAGGCGGCCGAUCGAGAGAGACAGCGGGGGGAUACCCAUCAGCCCGGUACUGGCGAGAUCAAUGGACGCGUCGGCGUCGCCGUCGUCCCCGUCGAAGCUGGGGCACAGGCUGCGGACCACGGUGUGCUGCUGCUUCGGCGGCGGGGCCGAGCGGGCCCGGUGGCGGCGGCGGGGCGCAGCCGCGGGGGAGUUCCGGUACGACGCGCUGAGCUACGCGCUCAACUUCGACGAGGGCGGCGCCCACGACGACGACGCGUGCGCGGACCCCGCCGCGGCCUUCCGGUACCGGAACUUCAACGCGCGCCUGCCGCCCUCGCCGCCGCCCGCCGCCGCGCCGCAGCGGGCCGCCGCCAUCGCCAUCGCGUAGGACCAAAUCAAUCGCUCCGUGACCUUUUUUUUUGUGCUUUCUCCCCCUCUCGUAAAUGUAUGAUCUGCUGAGAGCUCUGUGCAGCGAAAAACUGAUGAAUUGUGGUACAGCAAUUCUGGUAAUAAUAGUAUAAUCUAGGAAUAUCCCAAUGCGACGGGUUCCCACAGUGUAAUCGGGGUUCUCCAGUACAGAUUGUCGGCGGCGGUGAUGAACCCUAGAAAUUGGGGGUUUUGAUUCGCCGACAGCAACCGAAACAUGUUCCCCUUUCUUUCUUGCUUC